AUGCAAUAAAAUAAAAAUUUCUUAACUGGUUAACUUCAAAGAAUAAUAUUGAACAAAUAAUCACAGAUAGAUGAAAUUAAAUAAAUUUAAAGAAAUAAUUCAUUAAUAUAUAAAUUAAAAGAGUAGGUCAACCCUCCAUAAAGGAAUAAUAACUUUAGCUUAAGGAAUUCCAUGAAAAACAUAGAAUCAAUUAUUAGAGUCGAUACUAACAAAAAAAUAUAAAGCCCAGUUAUUGUGAUACAAAAUAGAAAACAUUUUGUUUCUAGCAAAAAUAGUAGAAAGAGUAAUUAAUCUGUGAAUCAAGAACAUGACCCUUUAAUUACAAGAGUUAGGAAAUCCAUUGAAUUUGGUUAACGAAUAAUAAUAAAUAGACCUUCUAGAGUUUCUACAAUAUUAAUGGAUGAAGAAUAGGAAAAGGAGCAAUCGAAAAUAAUUACUUAAAAAGACCCUGUUUCCUUUACUGAUUGGGUAGAGAGGAUUUAUGGUAAAGAAUGGUUUUAUUGA